AUGAAGCUGCCGAUGUUCCAGUCGCCCAAGCUUGAAACGCCCGAGGAGAUCGCCGCCUACAUCGCCGAGCGAAAGCGCAAGUUCCCCACCAAGGAGAUUGUCACCAAGAAGCUGGAAGAAAAGGCCAAGCGAGGAGAGGAGGAAAGCGGCCGAGGGCGUGGCCGUGGAAGAGGCCGCGGUCGCGGUCGGGGCCGGGGCAGGGGAGGCUGGGGCGGAGACGACGGCGAGGGCAGGGGCGGGCGAGGCCGAGGUGGUCGAGGAGGCCGGGGACGCGGUGGACGCUUCAACCACUACCACGACCGCGAUUUUAACGGAGGCGAGGACGAGCAGCCCGAUGAUGAUGAGCAGCAGGGUCAAGAGCCCGCCCAGCAGGAGAAGUUGGUAGUCCGCGAAGACCCCAAGGCGCAGCUUGCUGAGGUCCCCGUCGAGUCGACGACCGACGCGCCAGUCGAGACAGACGAGGUGGUGGAGGCGCCGGGUAUUCUCGGUGACCUUCUGGCUGCGUAUGGCGACGAUGAAGAGGAAGAGAAGGAACUCAAGGAGAGCACCGCACAGCAACCGCCGCAGCCGCAACCACAGCAGCAGCUGAAGGAGGUCGACCAGGGAAAAGUCGACCGCUUCGAGCUUUUCUCCACCACGUUGGCAUCGAGAUAG